CUGCUGCCAGCGAUACCACAGAAUCAGCAAAAAAUCAUAUGUAGGUUCUGCUACUCGGAAGAACCAAACGGUUACUGGUUAUCUCCAUGCAAAUGCUCAGGAUCGAUCAAAUGGGUGCAUGAUAGUUGCUUUGAUCGUUGGCUAGACAGUGCUCCACUGUUACAGCGGGAUCAGUGUGCAACGUGCAAGUAUGUGUACAAAAAGAUCUGGAAGUUGAAACCGUAUAAAGACUGGUGCUUACCUGAUUUGAAAUCGUCACAGAUAGAAGUUUUUUAUAUGGUUUUUGACGCAUUGUGCACCUAUCGAAUGUUGCGGACAUGCAAGAAUUUUUUCAUGGGACGUCGGUCUUUACUUGCUGUCCUUGCUGGGGUUUCUUUUUGGAGGUUAUUUAUAAUGACUGAUCGGCGGAUUAUGUAUUGGACCAACCUUUUUCGUUGUCUAGCGUCUUCAGUAUUUCAAAUAACCGUUGUUGAUGCUAGCUAA